AUGUCUUCACCAUUUCCCCUCCUCCGUCUUCCUGGAUUGGUUCUGUGCGAAAUAUUCAAAUCAUUGAGUAUCGGUGAGAAAAUCAAACUCUCCUUCUGCUCCAAGAAAACCUCUACUCAAAUCAAUAAUGCUCAAUUCUAUUCUCAAAAAGUUAUAGUCGAUCUGGACAUGUUAAGCCACAAAAUCAGAGUGUGCUCUAAAAAUAACCAAGAUAUAUUUGAAAUCUUCACUUAUCAAGAUUCCGGGAAAAAUUUAAAUACACAUCAAUUGCCUAUCGAGUGUUGUACCACAGGAAUCAAAACAUUCUGGAAGAACGAUCAAGAAGGAUUUCUAUCUGUUAUUCAACAUUUAUUGAAAAUAUUUCGAUGCAAGAUUUCAAUCAGUAAUAACUAUAAUAGUGAUUUAUAUCAGCCAACAAUUUCAAUGCUGUUUGAUCUACAAGUGGAAUUCAAGACGCUCACUAUUUGCUUUGAUGGAUCAAAAGAUCAAAACUUGUUAUGGAAUCAGAUAUCCAGUAAUUUUGGACUGGUCGAGUAUCUUACAUCGUUUUCUAAUCCUGGUUUCAACCCAGUUUUCACUUCAUGGCCGAGGAACAUUAGUUUCAUUAGUUCCGAAUGGGUUACUCUGGAAUCUCUUUUGGCCUGCACGUGCACUACAAUUAAACUCGAUUGGUCAGAUUUCGGAAACAAAGAUUUGGAUGAGAUUCUUAAGAAGUGGAAGACUGGAGGAUUUGCGAAUCUAAAGCGUCUGGUAAUCAGCAGUCAAAAUAUUAAAAAUAAUGGAGAACUUAUUUUGGGAAUGAAUCUAAUGGAAUUAAACGGAAAGGUUAUCCAAGCUGAUGAUGUAUUAAAAAAGUCUACUAUUCGAAUAGACUCCCAUAUACAGACUACUUUGUAUAUGCAUAUAAAAUAA